AUGGAGAAAAACAAUUUCUUUUGUCAUUUUACAAAUCCACAUGUCACUUUAGUUGAGUUUGCCUUACGUUAUGAUAGCGCGCUUGAUGCCCAAAGACAUGAACAAGAUGAGUUGGUUAAGAAAUCCAAAAAUCUUCCUUCACUUGUUACUCCUUUACAAUUAGAAAAGCAUGCAUCCUUGUUUUGUACACACGCACUUUUUUAUGAAUUUCAACAAGAAUGUGAGGCAACAUGUUUUGCAUGUGGUAUAGAGAGUUGCAAUUCAUGUUAUGGUGAAGGUGAAGAGUUUUCUGUUGUUUAUGAUAAUGAGAGGCGCAAGAAUUGUGAUGUUAUGUUUGACACGAGUUCUAAUGAUAGUACAUGCAGUUGUAGAAAGUUUGAGAGUGAAGGGAUAUUGUGUAGACAUAUCUUGUUUAAAAUGAAGGGCAAGUUCUUAUGUGAAAUUCCAUCUAAAUAUUUGUUGCGUCGUUGGUCAAAAGAUGCCCUUAAGCAACCAAUGUCUAAUUUCGAAGGUUGGUCAUUUGUGGAAGAUUCUUCAAGAAGUGAUAGAAAAAAACAACUUCUCUCCGAUUGUUGGUCUAAAAUGUUUUCUUGUGUGAGUUUGGUCGAGGACACAGAAAAUAAUUUGUUUGAAUUAGUUGAGAAAUGA